AUGGCUGGACGAACAUUUAUAACACUGGCAGCCUUUGCUUCACUGGUCGCCUGCGCCCCGGCUGAGACAAGACAGAAUUGUGCUACUACUUGGGGACAGUGUGGUGGCCAGGACUGGUCAGGCCCAACUUGUUGUCCGUCUGGCAGCACAUGCGUAGCUCAGAACUCCUAUUAUUCGCAGUGUCUUCCUGGUGCUCAGAGUUCUUCAUCGUCGAGACCACCAACCUCGACUAGCUCUCAAGCAACUUCAACUAAAGCAAGCACCACCACCUCAUCCGCUGGUACUGGAACGACAUCUGCCCCCCCUGUUGGCUCUGGCACUGCAACAUGGAAAGGCAACCCGUAUUCUGGAGUUGAUCUUUGGGCCAAUGCCUUUUAUGCAUCCGAGGUUAGCAGUCUGGCCAUUCCUAGCUUGACCGGAGCCAUGGCUACUGCCGCAGCGGCAGCAGCUAAGGUCCCGUCGUUCAUGUGGAUGGAUACCCUAUCCAAGACCCCCCUCAUGGAACAAACGCUGGCAGACAUUCGUGCUGCAAAUAAAAAAGGAGGUAACUAUGCUGGUCAAUUUGUUGUCUAUGACCUACCCGACCGCGACUGUGCCGCUGCGGCUUCCAACGGCGAGUAUUCCAUCGCCGAUGGUGGUGUGGCCAAGUAUAAGAACUACAUCGACACCAUUCGCAAAAUUGUCACGACUUACUCUGACAUUCGAAUCCUGUUGGUUAUUGAGCCGGACUCUCUUGCCAAUCUGGUGACCAAUCUAAAUGUUGCCAAGUGCUCCAACGCCAAAUCCGCAUACCUGGAAUGUGUGAACUACGCCAUAACACAGCUCAAUCUGCCAAAUGUUGCCAUGUAUUUGGAUGCCGGCCACGCGGGUUGGUUAGGCUGGCCAGCAAACCAAGACCCGGCUGCCCAACUAUAUGCUCAGGUGUACAAGGAUGCCGGUUCACCUAGCUCCCUUCGCGGACUUGCGACCAAUGUGGCCAACUACAAUGCAUGGGACAUAUCAUCUGCCCCUUCUUACACCCAAGGCAACGCAGUGUAUGAUGAAAAGUUGUUUAUUCAUGCUUUGGGACCACUCCUCACAAGUCAUGGCUGGUCUGGCGCUCACUUCAUCACCGACCAGGGUCGUUCUGGAAAACAGCCUACAGGUCAAAGCCAAUGGGGUGACUGGUGCAAUGCCAAGGGCACCGGGUUUGGAAUUCGCCCUUCUGCGAACACUGGUGAUGAGCUUCUCGAUGCGUUUGUGUGGGUGAAGCCAGGCGGCGAGUCUGACGGUACCAGCGAUACCAGUGCCGCACGAUAUGAUUAUCACUGUGGUAUGUCGGAUGCUUUGCAGCCUGCUCCAGAAGCUGGUACUUGGUUCCAAGCCUACUUUGUUCAACUUUUGACGAAUGCGAACCCAUCAUUCCUGUGA